AUGAUUCCUCUAAAGGCUGGUGCUCCCAAGCACUUGAAUCAUGUCCCUCUCAAAGCCCUCCCUUCUGCUUCCGCCACUUCAAGAAUUCGCCCCUCUCCGACAAAUGCUCUUCGAUGUCCUCAGCAAAGACAUCUAGCUACUGUUCAAGAUGACCCGCCGCCGAAAAGGACCCAUUUUGGAGGACUCAAAGAUCAAGAUCGCAUAUUCCAGAAUCUGUAUGGUCACCAUGGCGCGGACCUCAAGAGCGCAAUGAAGUAUGGCGAUUGGUACAAGACGAAAGAAAUUAUAUUGAAAGGCCACGAUUGGCUCAUAUCAGAAAUCAAAGCAUCGGGCCUACGAGGUCGAGGAGGCGCCGGCUUUCCGUCAGGAAUGAAAUGGUCAUUCAUGAACUUCAAAGACUGGGACAAAGACACCAAGCCCCGCUAUCUGGUCGUGAACGCUGACGAAGGCGAGCCCGGCACUUGCAAAGACCGCGAAAUCAUGAGGAAAGACCCACACAAGCUUGUCGAAGGCUGUCUAGUCGCUGGGAGGGCUAUGAAUUGCUCAGCAGCAUAUAUCUAUAUUCGCGGCGAGUUCUAUCAUGAGGCCACCGUCCUGCAGAAAGCCAUUCAAGAAGCGUACAAGGAAGGGCUUAUUGGAAAAAACGCAUGCGGAAGUGGUUACGACUUUGACGUCUUCAUUCACCGGGGUAUGGGAGCGUAUGUCUGUGGUGAGGAGACUUCCCUCAUCGAGUCGCUGGAAGGCAAACCCGGAAAGCCCCGCUUGAAGCCUCCUUUCCCAGCCUCGGUUGGUGUCUUCGGUUGUCCAUCAACGGUCGCAAACGUCGAGACUGUCGCAGUCGCGCCGACAAUCAUACGUCGAGGUCCUAGUUGGUUCAACUCAUUCGGCCGAGAACGGAAUGCGGGAACGAAACUCUUCUGCAUCUCGGGCCAUGUGAACAAUCCCUGUACAGUGGAAGAAGAGAUGUCCAUCUCGCUAAAGGAAUUGAUAGAAAGACAUGCCGGUGGCGUAAGGGGCGGGUGGGACAACCUCCUGGCCAUCAUCCCCGGUGGUUCAUCUACGCCUAUCCUUCCAAGGCCAAUGUGCGAUACCCAGCUCAUGGAUUUUGACGCUCUUAAGGACAGCCAGUCUGGUCUUGGCACCGCCGCUGUCAUCGUAAUGGACAAGAGCGCGGAUGUUGUCCGUGCUAUAAGCCGACUAGCAAGCUUCUACAAGCACGAGAGCUGUGGACAAUGCACGCCGUGCAGAGAGGGCAGUAAGUGGACAGAGCAGAUCAUGCAGAGAUUUGAAAAGGGACAGGGCAGAGAGAGAGAGAUCGAUAUGCUUCAGGAACUGACAAAGCAGGUAGAGGGUCACACAAUCUGUGCUUUGGGUGAAGCCUUUGCUUGGCCCCUUCAAGGCCUCGUCCGCCACUUCCGCCCUCAGCUAGAAGAGCGGAUUAGAGGGCACGCGGAGAGAUCGGGUGGUGAAGCUAGAGCUGGUGGUUGGACGCACAAUGCUCAGAAGCAAGGACAGCUCAUAUCUCCUGGCCAAUGA